CCAAACACUUCCAUCAUUGCUGCCUCCUCUCUUUUUCACACAUCAAAUGUGUGUGCAGAGAAUGAGGAAGGUCAGUAGUAGCAAUCUUGGUUAUAAAAAUCACGCACCAGGAGGAUUUGAUCUUAAAGAUCGAAAGCCCAGAUGGCUAUUACGCCGGAACCGUUAACGGGGAUCCACGCCGUCGAUUUCCGAGCGCCACCGCCCUCUCCCGUGGCGCCUGGACGGAGGUCAUCAUUCGCGAACGAUGACGUUUUAACCGAGUAUCUCCAGCAGUCGCUGAAAGUCCCCGACCUGAUUUUGCCCGACAGGGUUUUUCCGCGGCAGAAGUCGGUUCAGAACCCGCCCAGAAUCGAUCUCCAGAAUCUGGAUUCGCUGGAAAAGGACGCCGGUGCGGAAAUUUCUGAGUUGAUUGCGCAGGUGGGGUGCUUUGAAGUGAUUAAUCACGGGAUUCCGAGAGAUUUCAUUAAAUUAGUUUUGGAUUUGGUGGGCGGCGUUUUUGAAAUCCCGCCGGAGAAGAAGAAAACGGUGGCGAGAUCGCCGGAGAGACGAUACGGGUUCGAGGAGAUUCAUGGAGAGGAGGAGAUUAAAGAUCAGAAUGAAGAGUUUUUGUGGUGUGGAGACGAAGCGAUGAGGCUGGAAAUGGAGGGAAUUUGGCCUAAUGGAUAUUCAAAUUUCAGCCAAGAAAUGGAGAAGCUGACAGAGAAGAUGGAAGAAGUAGCUACAAAAAUUCUGGUAUUUCUGCAGCAGCAUAGUUUGAGAAAACUGAGCCCUGAAAAUGGGUUGGCAGAUGAUCAGCAAGAAGCUGCCGGAAACGUUUGUUGUAUACAGAAACACUGCCGGAAAACAGACAGCGAACAGUCGGAGAAUUCGCUGAGAUACGAUGUGAUCAGAAUGCUGAUAAGGGGAUCUGAAUUCCCUCAUGCACUGUGUCUGCAUGUGUGCGGUGGAUCAUCUGAUUUCCAUGUUUACUCCAAGAAAGGUUGGGUUUCAUUUUGUCCUGCUCAAGAUUCCUUGGUCGUCACCGUCGGAGAAAAGUUACAGGGUUGGAGUGGCGGACAAUACAAGCAUGUAAUAGGGAGGGCAGUGUUGAGGGGUGGUGAAGAUGAAAAUUGCAUUUCUAUGGGGUUCCUAAUUUCACCCCCAAACUCAGUGAAGGAUGAUAAAGUUACCACCAUUUCACUCACCCACCAAAUUCUAUUUGCUCUUUUUUUAACUCUUAUUUAUCAUUUCUCUAUUUAUGUUUACCAUAUUUUGUAUAAACUUAAAUAAUUGGGUUUCACUGUUGGGCCCAAUUGGGCCAAUAGUAGUAUGGGCUUCUUCUCCAAAUGGCCCAACUUGUGUUUGAGUGAUUUUGGGUUUAGGUUGAGGUGAGCC